AUGGCAGAAGUCGCACAAGGCGGUCCCGUGCCUCCACCCACCACCUCUUCUGAGCCGGUUCCGCUCGACACGAUCCCCAUCGACCCCGUGGACGGCAUUACCGACGCCACCAACGGCACGGCGACCAACGGCCACCACGAUGAGGAGAAGGUGGUAACCGUCUUCGACGACCCGUCCAACUUCAACGUCAAGCACGCUCUGCAAAACACCUGGACCCUCUGGUUCACCAAGCCACCAUCAGGCAAGCAAGACUGGAACGAGCUGCUCAAGGAAGUCAUCAGCUUCGACAGUGUGGAAGAAUUCUGGGGUAUCUACAACAACAUCACACCAGCGUCGGAACUCGCCCAAAAGUCCGAUUACCACCUCUUCAAAGCCGGCGUGCGCCCGGAAUGGGAGGACCCGCAGAACAAGCACGGCGGCCGCUGGGCCUACACCUUCCGCACCGGCAAUAAGGCCUCCGACGACGUCUGGCUGCAUAUCAUGCUCGCCGCCGUCGGCGAGACUCUCGAGGAGGAGAACGACAACGAGGUCAUGGGUGUCGUUGUCAACAUCCGCAAGGGUUUCUGGAGGGUGGGGUUGUGGACGAGGACGGCAGGACAGGCGCCGAAGAAGGGUGGUGAUGAGGGUGACAAAGAGGCGGGCAAGAAGAGGUUGGAGAGGAUUGGGAGGAGGUUCAAGGAGGUGCUGGGCUUGCCGGACACGGAGGCAGUUGAGUUCAGUGGGCAUGCUGACUCGGCGCAUGCGGGCAGUAGUCGGGCUAAGGCCAAGUUCACCGUCUGA